CACAUACGCACCAUGAGCGUCAUACACAACUCUGACACUUGACCUGACGUCAUUCGAUGGGUCCCCGCUUAAAGAGCUGGUAUAAAAAAGCCACUGCCCACUCGAGCUCGUUCAUCUACUGCCCAUCAUGAGACCUUCACUGCUGUUAUUAUCAACUCUGCUCUUUACUUCCCCAGGUGCCCUCGCCUCCUGGUUCGGCUCUGACGAACCUCCAUACAACUCAUGGGACACCAAGCAACUCAAAACAUGGCUCGAUGACCACCACAUAACCUCCCCUUCCACCGACCAGUUUAGUCACAACCAGCUCGUCGAACUCGUCAAAGCCAACUGGAACUCUGCAUCGGCCUGGACGUACGACCAGUACAACAAUGCUCAAAAGACCUUCCAAGACGUUCGGGACACCACAUUCGACACUUGGGAUGAAUCUCGCCUACGCGAGUUCCUUCUCGAGCAGGGUAUCGUCGCACCUAACAGUCGUCGUGAAGAGCUCGUUUUGCUUGCGAAAAGCCGGUACCGUGCAUAUACCGAUGCAGCCAGUUCCUUCACUUCCUCCGCUAGUCGUGCAGCUUCGACAGCGGUUUACGGAGACACAAAGCAUCAGGCUACCAAGUCUUUGUCGAGUAUCGCGGCUCAGGCAACCAAAGAAGCACAGAGGGCGAUGGAUGAUUCGAAAGACUACGUUUACUCCACUUGGGACGAUAACCGACUACGCACGUACCUCGAGGAGAAGGGUGCUAUCAAGACCAAGUCGGAGAAGAAGCGCGACGAGCUUUUGGCUUUGAUGCGGGACUAUUACUCAAAGGUUGCCAACCCUGUGUGGGAGGCCUGGAGUGAUACUUAUAUCCACGAAUGGCUGGUCAACCACAAUAUUCUCGAUGGUCGCACUGAACUCCAGAAGAAGCGCGAUGAAUACACGGAACUGAUGAAGUCCUACUAUUACACUGUCAACGACCGUGUUUGGGACAACUGGACUGACAGUGAACUGCGACAGUGGCUGAUUGAACGCAACAUCAUCAAAAGUGAUGCGCAACUUAAAAGGGAGAAAAUGCUCAAACUUGUCGAGGACAACUAUGUUAACGCAAAAGAUUCUGUUUUGGAAGCAUGGAGUGAUUCUCAGAUGAGGGAGUGGUUGAUCGAGAACAAUUACAUGAAGAGUGAUGCGCAGGCCAAAAGAGAUGAACUCGUCAAAAUGUUCAACGAAAAGUAUAACGAUGUGUCUGGGCGUACAGCUAGCUACUUGACAUGGCCAGACGCUCGACUCCGAGCCUAUCUCCGAGAGAAAGGCCUCCCUGAGCAAAAGUUGCCCAAAACAAGGGCCGGGCUGCUGCAGGAAGUUCGGAUACGUUACGUCCAGUCGACCUACCGCGCCGAAUCUCUCUAUGCAUCCAUUCGAGAAAUUGUGGAAAGCAAGGUCGGGCAGGCAGAAGAGAAGAUUGCCAGUAUCUGGACAUUGAUCAGUGGGGGUGCUCACGAAACGAAGAACUCUGCUAACCAAGGGUACGAGCAGGCCAAGAGACAGGCUGAGAAGGAAUACACGGAGAAGAAAGCUGAAGCUCAGAGGGAUUAUGAGGAAAAGAAGGCCAAGGCGUAUGAAAAGAUGGAAAAGGCGAAGACUGAGUUGUAAUCCACGUGAAAGUAAACCUUUGGAUGAUGGAGCGGGACAGUUCACGACUAUGAUGUUUCUUUGAUGUUCUAAGAAUCAUUUUGUAUUAUACAGUUGCGUAAAGUAGUCUACUCAGAAUUCUUAUUUUUUAAAACC